GCUGGCUGCAGUGUUCCAAACUAUUUGGAAGGGAGUGACACGGGAGGGUGCAUUUGGGUAUAUAUAGCACCGUUUGUGCAACUUUCCUGACAAUCUCCCUGGACGAGGAAGAGAAGGGGUCAUCACGAAGUGCGGAGGAAGACUGGCUGUUUACCGAAGCCAUGGCUCUCAAUGUACUUUUCUUUCUAUUGAUCACAUCAGUGAUUAUACAAACCGCGACAUCGCACACCUUCAAAUCGAUUUACUUGGUGACGGUCAGCUCAGAGGUGGUAGGAGGGACCACAGAGAAACUUUGUGCUCAGGUCUACCAAGCCACAGAGCCUCUGUUGUUGAAGGUGUCGCUGGAAAUGGAGGGUGGCAGCGGCACCAUUCUACUGGAGGAAGACGUAACACAGGACUUCUAUCGCUGCAUCUCCUUCCAGGUACCCCCAGUGAAGGCUGACAGUGUGGCCACUGUUCUUGUCAGCAUCAAGGGGAGGAAGGAUGAGAUGAGUAACAAGACCAAGAUCCUUAUCAAGCCUAAAAGAUUCCUCACCAUUUUCCAGACCGACAAACCAGUCUACAAACCUGGACAGACAGUCAAGUUCCGAAUCGUCUCGCUGGAUGCCAGUUUCUUGUCAUUCAAUCAGAUGUAUCUAACAGUGGAGCUUCAGGACCCGAACUCCAACCGCAUUGCUCAGUGGUUGAACCAGUCAACAGUGAGUGGAAUUCUGGACCUGUCCCACCCCAUGUCUGCAGAGGCAACGCAAGGAAGUUACAUCAUCACUGCAUGGAAUGAGAAGGGAGAGCAAACUUCCCAAACCUUUGACAUCAAAGAAUAUGUUUUACCCAAAUAUGAGGUCAAAGUCUAUCUACCCCAAACAAUCACUAUUCUGGACAAGCAAGCAACGCUGAGAGUUUGUGGAAAAUACACUUAUGGAAAACCAGUGGUUGGGUCUGUCACUGCAAAAGUUUGCAGAAUUGCAGUUCAAUAUUACUGGUUAUUUGAUUCUAGUAAUAUCUGCGAGGUGUAUCUUAUCAAAACUGACAAAACUGGUUGUGCAACCCAAAUGAUCGACUUGACCCGGUUCCGUCUACGUGAAUCUUUUGGGGACUUCGAAGUGGAGACUGAGCUGGAAGAAUGUGGAACUGGUAGGAGAGAGCCUUAUCUUGAACGUAGAGGUGUUUACAUGCUCAACUGUUGA